AUGGGGAAGCUGGACAAGGAAGGCAGCUCUGGCUCUGUCUCCGUGCCCCUUGCUCAUCGACGGACAAUAUCAUUGGCAUCUCAAACCUCCUCGGAUUCUGGUUUAUCGGUAGCCUCAACAGCCUUCCUCAAUGCAUUCCAUAAAGGAGAGAUGGGAACAGACGAGACACAACCAUACCGCGAUAUCGAAGAUGGUGCCGAACCAGGCUCGGACGAAUCGUUCAUCGCUGCUAAGACUAAGAAGCCCGCCUCGGGGACUCGCAUCCGCCGUAUCCUCUGGCUAUUCGGCAUACUUUGCGUCGGGGGUUGGGCUCUAGCCUUCAUACUCUUCCUAACAUCGACACGGCCCAGCGCAGAAGCCCUUUCAUCCUCAACCGUCAACAUCCACGAUCCGGAAUCCGCGACCGGCGGCACGAGCUAUGGGAAGCCAGUCACAUUAGAUCAAGUCCUAGGAGGGGAUUGGUCACCACAAUCGCAUGCGAUCUCCUGGAUUGCGGGUCCAAGCGGUGAAGACGGACUUUUAGUCGAGCGCGGGGAGAGUGGAGAGGGAUAUUUACGCGUGGAAGAUAUCAGAAAUCGCAAGAAUGGCGCCAAUAAGCUUGAUGCUCGGGUGUUGAUGAAGGAUAGCCAUGUCAGAGUCGAGGGUGAACUGGUCACUCCGGUAAAGACGUGGCCGAGUCCAAAUCUGGAGAAGGUGCUGCUUGUAUCAAACACGCAUUCUAACUGGCGACAUUCGUUCUAUGGAAAGUAUUGGAUCUUUGAUGUUGCGACACAGACGGCGGAGCCGCUGGAUGCCAGUAACCCGAGCGAUCGCGUGCAGCUUGCUGUCUGGUCCCCUCAAUCUGACGCUGUUGUCUUUGUUCGGGACAACAAUGUUUUCCUGAGAAAGUUGAGCUCUUCCGAGGUCAUUCCCAUCACCAAAGAUGGCGGGGAGCAGCUUUUCUAUGGCGUUCCUGACUGGGUGUAUGAAGAGGAAGUGUUCGCAGGCAACAGUGGCACUUGGUGGUCUGAAGAUGGCAAGUUCCUCGCCUUCCUGCGGACCGAAGAGGCGGAAGUACCCGAAUAUCCCGUUCAGUACUUCCUCUCCCGCCCCUCUGGCAAGAAGCCUCGCCCCGGAUUGGAGAAUUACCCUGAAGUCAGACAGAUCAAGUACCCCAAAGCCGGAAGCCCGAACCCUGUGGUGCGCUUGCAAUUCUAUGAUACGGUCAAGAGCGAGGUCUUUUCAAUCGACAUACCAGAGGACUUCAAGGACGAUGAUCGAAUCAUUAUCGAGGUCGUUUGGGCAUCUGGCGGAAAAGUUCUUCUUCGCGAGACCAACCGUGAGAGUGACGUUGUCAAGGUAUUCUUGAUGGACACUAGUGCUAGAACUGGAAAGCUCGUCCGCUCAGAGGAUAUCGCAGCCCUAGAUGGCGGCUGGGUUGAACCCUCGCAGUCAACACGGUUUAUUCCUGCCGAUCCAGCAAAUGGUCGUCCACAAGAUGGAUAUAUUGAUACCGUGAUUCACGAAGGCUAUGACCACCUGGCUUACUUUAGUCCUCUCGAUUCUUCGGAACCUGUAAUGAUCACCAAGGGAAACUGGGAAGUCGUUGCCGCACCCUCCGCCGUUGACCUGAAGAGGAAUAUCGUGUAUUUCGUGGCCACAAAGGAAGCACCCACUCAGCGUCAUGUGUAUCAAGUCAAACUCGACGGCUCAGGUCUUCGUUCACUUACCGAUACCUCAAAGGCCGGAUAUUAUGGAAUCUCGUUCUCACAGGGAUCCGGAUACGCAUUGCUCAGCUCCAAGGGCCCCGCAGUCCCCUGGCAGUCUGUUAUCAGCACGCAAGGUGACAAGAUUGAAAACGUGGCUGUAAUCGAAGAAAACUCUAAGCUCAAAGAUAUGGUCGAAGAGUUUGCUCUUCCGGCUGAGAUCUACUCUAACGUGACCGUUGACGGCAACAUCCUCCAAGUUGUCGAGCGCCGACCUCCCCACUUCAACCCAGCCAAAAAGUAUCCGGUUCUUUUCUACAUGUAUCAGGGACCAGGCUCUCAAACUGUCGAUCGCAAGUUCACAGUCGACUUCCAAUCCUACAUCGCCUCUAACCUGGGCUACAUUGUUGUCACCGUCGAUGGUCGAGGCACAGGAUUUGUCGGACGUAAAGCACGGUGCAUCGUUCGCGGCAAUAUGGGCCACUACGAAGCACGAGACCAGAUUGAGUCGGCAAAGAUCUGGGCAUCUAAACAAUACGUGGAUGAAACUCGGAUGGCUAUCUGGGGCUGGAGCUUCGGCGGCUUCAUGACACUCAAGGUUCUGGAGCAGGAUGCGGGAGAGACAUUCCAAUACGGAAUGGCUGUGGCGCCAGUAACGGACUGGAGAUUCUACGACUCCAUCUAUACAGAACGUUACAUGCACACUCCCCAGCAUAAUCCCUCGGGAUACGACAAUUCCAGUAUCAGUAACGCCGAAGCCUUGGGUAAGAACGUUCGAUUCAUGAUCAUGCAUGGCAUUGCCGAUGACAAUGUUCAUCUCCAAAAUACUCUGGUUCUAUUAGACAAGUUGGACCUGGCAAACGUGGCGAAUUAUGAUAUGCAGGUCUUCCCGGAUUCCGACCACAGCAUCUACUUCCACAAUGGACAUACCCUUGUAUAUGAACGUCUUUCGAGCUGGCUCAUCAACGCGUUCAAUGGUGAGUGGCAUCGCAUUGCGAACCCGAAACCAGAGGAAGCGUGGACCAAGGCCAAACGCUCUUUUUCAUUCUUUUAG